CUCCACUCCGCUGUGUUGUAAGAGGGCCAGGCCUUACCCAGAACAGGGAGGUUCCCAGAAGCUCUGUGCUCCUCUCUAGUCCACCAUUGUGGCUGGAGGGCAGUCCAGAGCCUGGAAUGGGAGCCCUGUCUGGCUCUCGCUCGCCGGCUGAUGCUAUGACCUCUUUGCCAGCAGAGACCUUGGCUGCAGACCCAACCGUGAGGAGGAGGAUCAAAUCAUGGGAAUUCACAUCCUUCUUUGACCCCAGCCAGCUGCGCAAGGAGACCAGCUUGCUCUCAGAGGUGUGGUGGGGCUCCAGCAGCCGCCUGUGGCGGAGCUGCAGCCAAAACAGCACGCAUCAUGUGGAGCAGAGCUUUUUAGACCACUUCCAGGCCCAGCGGCACCUGGGCCCAUCCACUACCUGCACCAUCACCUGGUUCCUGUCCUGGAGCCCCUGUUGGGAGUGUGCCAGAGCCAUACGAACCUUCCUGGACAAGUACCCCACAGUGAAGCUGACCAUCUAUGUGGCCCGCCUGUACUGGCACAUGGACCCCCAGAACCGCCAGGGGCUCCGGAACUUGGUGAAGGGCGGUGUGGAUGUCCGGAUCAUGGGUCCAUCAGAACACUAUUACUGUUGGAGGAACUUUGUGGAUUACAGCAGAGGAGAGGAGGAGGAAUGGCCCCGAUACCACCGUGUGCCCAUACACCUGUUCGACCUGGAACUGCACUGCAUUUGUCUCGACCUCCCCGCAUGUUUGACCAUCUCUCCAGUGAAGCACCAGCAGCUUCUAUCUUUCAGCCUGACUUUGCACACCUGCCACUACCAGAAGCUCCCUCCUGCUCUCCUUCUGCUCCUGGGCUUGGUCAGACCACCACCCCCCCAGACAUCACUUUCUGUUGCCCACAGAGGGAGGGGCCCAGGCACUGUGAAUGGAGGGGAGUGGGACCCGAACAACUGGGGUUGGUUCUGGGUGCUCAGGUGAGGAGGCAGACUUGCUUAAUGGAUGGGGCUCAGACCUGGCAAUCAAUCAAUGGUAUUUAUGGAGUGAUUCAUUCAAUUGCACUUAUUGAUUGUUGAGUACAGUGCUCAGCAAACAGUGAUUGAUUGGUAGUGUCUGAUUGGCAGGCGGUAGAUCCAGCUUCCUGUCCUAGCUCUGCCCCGACCUCCUGUGUAACUUCAGACAAGUUGCUUUUCCAAUCUGGGCCUCAGUUUCCUCUUCUGUAAAUGCGCUAAGAUCCCCACUAUUCCUCCCUCUGAGACUGAGCCUUGUGUUCAGAAGGGACCUUAUCUGACCUGAUUAUCCUCUAUCUACCUCAGUGAUCUUCACUGCACUUGGCGCGCACUCAGCACUUAAUAAAUACUGUCAUCAGUGAC